CGCAAGCGGGCACCGGAAGUGGGCCGCGUCUUCCCCCUCGGUAGGUCCAGGUUGAGUUUCUUACCCCGCCAAUUCCCGAGUUCAGUGAUAAUUCUCCGGGAGAGUCAAGAUGUCGAUUGAAAUCGAGUCGUCAGAUGUUAUACGUCUCAUCAUGCAGUACUUGAAGGAAAAUAGUUUACAUCGAGCCUUAGCUACUUUGCAGGAAGAGACAACUGUGUCACUGAAUACUGUUGACAGCAUAGAGAGUUUUGUAGCAGAUAUUAACAGUGGUCAUUGGGAUACCGUUUUGCAGGCUAUACAGUCCCUGAAAUUGCCAGACAAAACACUGAUUGACCUCUAUGAACAGGUUGUCCUGGAAUUGAUAGAACUUCGUGAAUUGGGUGCUGCCAGGUCUCUUCUGAGACAGACUGACCCCAUGAUCAUGUUAAAACAAACUCAGCCAGAGAGAUACAUUCAUCUUGAGAACCUCUUAGCCAGGUCCUAUUUUGAUCCUCGUGAGGCAUAUCCAGAUGGAAGCAGCAAGGAGAAAAGAAGAGCAGCAAUUGCACAGGCUUUAGCUGGAGAAGUCAGUGUUGUACCUCCGUCUCGUCUUAUGGCACUGUUGGGACAGGCUUUGAAGUGGCAACAGCACCAAGGUUUGCUUCCUCCUGGUAUGACUAUUGAUUUGUUCAGAGGUAAAGCAGCUGUAAAAGAUGUGGAAGAAGAGAAGUUUCCUACACAGUUAAGCAGACACAUUAAGUUUGGCCAGAAAUCACAUGUGGAAUGUGCUCGAUUUUCUCCAGAUGGCCAGUAUCUGGUAACUGGCUCUGUUGAUGGAUUUAUUGAAGUAUGGAACUUUACAACUGGAAAAAUUAGGAAGGAUCUCAAGUACCAGGCACAAGACAAUUUUAUGAUGAUGGAUGAUGCUGUACUAUGUAUGUGUUUCAGCAGAGAUACAGAAAUGUUAGCAACGGGGGCCCAGGAUGGGAAAAUAAAGGUGUGGAAGAUACAGAGUGGACAGUGUUUACGGAGAUUUGAAAGGGCACACAGUAAAGGUGUCACCUGCCUAAGCUUCUCUAAGGACAGCAGUCAGAUCCUUAGUGCAUCUUUUGAUCAGACAAUCAGAAUUCACGGCUUAAAAUCUGGGAAAACCUUGAAGGAAUUCCGUGGUCAUUCUUCAUUUGUUAAUGAAGCUACUUUUACUCAAGAUGGACAUUAUAUAAUCAGUGCAUCAUCUGAUGGCACUGUGAAGAUUUGGAAUAUGAAGACCACAGAAUGUUCAAAUACUUUCAAAUCUCUUGGCAGCACUGCAGGGACAGACAUCACAGUCAACAGUGUUGUCCUUCUUCCUAAAAAUCCUGAGCACUUUGUUGUGUGUAACAGAUCAAAUACAGUGGUCAUUAUGAACAUGCAAGGCCAGAUUGUUAGGAGUUUCAGUUCUGGUAAGAGAGAAGGUGGUGACUUUGUCUGCUGUGCCCUCUCACCACGGGGUGAAUGGAUCUACUGUGUGGGUGAGGACUUUGUGCUCUACUGUUUCAGCACAGUGACUGGCAAACUGGAACGAACUUUGACAGUUCAUGAAAAGGAUGUAAUUGGCAUCGCUCACCAUCCCCAUCAGAAUCUGAUUGCUACCUACAGUGAAGAUGGGCUCUUAAAGCUCUGGAAACCCUAAUUUCAUGACUUCAUUUCUACCAGCCUGAACGUAUGCAACUUCAGUGGAGACGUUUAUGUGUUACUUUUUAGUUGUCUUUAUUUUUUAAGGGGGAAAAAUUGCCUAAAUGUGCUCCGAGAGUAAUUUUUGCUAAAUUUCUCAUUUAAGUAGAAGUUACCCUUUUUGUAUAUUUUUUAAAAUAUUAGCUGAUCUGCUUCUAAAGAAGCAGGUACUUAGUGGAUAGUAUGUUUUCAGUAAUCCUGUACCUGAAGAGUGAAACAAUGUCAUUUCUAUAACAGGUUCCACUCCUUUUGAUUAUUUGUAAUGCUAGUUAACAAGUACUUUCCAAAGUGAAACGUAAAUAAUGAGUGAGCUCCAGUUUUCCAUCACUGUUAAUUAAGCAUUUUCAGUUUCAUUUUGUUUGUUUGAAAUGCUUUGAUAGAAUAAAUUUUACCACCUGCAUAGGGACACUUUUAAUGUGAACAUUUCCCAGAAAAUGAUUUUACUGAUUGUUCUGAUAAAUGCAUCCUUUAGACUUAGAGAAGUAUCUGUAGGUUUCUGUGACGUUUCCAGUGGCAUCAGAGAAUAAUUGCUGACCUUUUUUAAAGACAUUAAAGUUUGUGAAAUGUCAUAUAUGCAUUGUCCCCACACAUGAGAAAACAGUCUUACAAAGCUUUAGUGACUUGUCCCUGGUAAUACAACCAGUGAGUAUCAGAAGCAGGAUUAGAACCCACAUCUUCCUGACUCUAGUUCCAAAAUGUCAUGUAUGCUGUACCACAACCUAUGGUGACACAGAUUUUGUUGAUAGAAUCUUAGGGGAUAGGGACUGUGAUUUCAUUGGUAUGGGGAACCACCAUUCAGGAAACUCCUUCAGCUAGUAUAUAUCAGCACCAUCUCUACGUCAGCAAUCUUAAAAAGUUACCUAGAGCAUUGAGAGGUAAAGGAAUGUUUUAUGACUCCUUUGUAUUUCACAGAUCCUUUUAUAUUCCCUUCUCCCUAUCACUAUUCAUUAUUCCUUUUUGUGGCUUACUAUAAAUUAUAAACCAGCACUCACUGACAAAAUCAACACUGGAGCCAUCAUCUCAGGCCUAUAGAGACAGAAAACAAAGCCAACAAAUGUGGAGGGAGUGGCCCAGAAACGGGAGUCCAGAGAAGAGAUGCUCUGAAACAUUGGUGUCAAACUUGGAUGGAAAUGGGGGCCACUGAACUGUACAGGAGAUCCCCACAGGCCUCAUGUUGUCUAAGAAAACCACAUACUAACAUCUUUGUUUUAUUUUAUUUUUAUUUAUUUUGUUAAAUAUUUUCCCAUUACAUUUUAAUCUGGUUCGGGCUGCACUCUGGGCCACAUACAGCCCCAGGGCUUUGUGUUUGACACCUCUACUCUAAAACAGUUAUGAAAGAUUCCACAAUUCUGAACAAGGAAAAGCGGGCCCCAGCACAACAGUUUUGCUACUGGCUUCCAGAUUUUGUUCAUUCAUGGCUAGAAUUAUGUCCUAACUUAAAGGAACUCUUUUUUUUUCCCCCUCAACUUCUCUAGUUUAAAAGAGUCCUAUAUCGAGUACAAGUAGAGGUCAGAGAGUCUGAGGGCUCUCUACUUGUGCUUCUGCUGGAUCUUCCCACCUGUGACCCAAUACUUUAUGAAGUUUCACUUCCAAGAAAUGCAACUUCCAAUCCCCCAAUGAAGCUGUUGCAUUAAUCCCUGCCAAUUUUUUUAGCCUUGACAGCAAGCCUUAUUUGGUUCCUAGUGGACAUCUUUGUAUUGUAUGACCAUGGGUCCUGGGAUAGCUUUGAAAAAUAAAAGUCCCGAGUCACUGAAAA